CACGCCGCCGCUCAGCACCCACCCGCGACGCCGCGCACGACUCACAAAGCACGACACUCCACGUGCGUCAUCAUACAAACUCUCAAAAGUAUUCCCAAGUUACUUUCUUAGAUGAUUCCGAACCAAAUAACAACUUUAGCAAAACUUUUGCAUUGAGUUUCGUAGUGGUAGUAAAGUAGAGACGUAGUUGGUGAUGUGAUAUGGCUAAGCGGCGAGAGCUGAAGCGCUGUGGAAGGCAGAGCGCGGGCGCGCUGGUGGUGGCCGGGUGCGCGUGGGCAUGCGCGCUGAUCGCCGCCGCCGCCGCCGAUGCUCAUGCUGACGUUGACACCUCAACCGGGCUCGGAGACAAUACACUUACCAACUCAGUUGUGGAGGAGCCGGAGUUCACAGACGUGAUUCAGAACGUGACGGUGCCGGCUGGCCGCAGCGUCCGGCUGGCGUGCUCCGUCAAGAACCUCGGCUCUUAUAAAGUGGCAUGGAUGCACUUCGAGCAGUCGGCCAUCUUAACAGUGCACAACCACGUGAUCACGCGCAACCCUCGGGUCAGCGUGACCCACGACAAGCACCGAACCUGGUUCUUGCACAUCUCGGAUGUGCGCGAGGAGGACCGCGGGAGGUACAUGUGUCAAAUCAACACUGUCACCGCUAAGACACAGUUUGGGUAUCUACAUGUUGUCGUGCCGCCGACGAUCGACGACUCGCUGAGUUCCAGCGACGUUAUCGUCCGAGAGGGCGCCAACGUCACCCUGACGUGCCGCGCUAAUGGCUCCCCUAAGCCCACCAUCAAGUGGAAACGCGACGACAACUCAAAAAUAUCCAUCAGCAAAGGGCACACCGUUUCCGAGUGGGAAGGCGAGGUUUUGGAGAUGGCCCGUAUAUCACGGCUGGACAUGGGCGCUUACCUCUGCAUUGCUAGUAAUGGCGUUCCUCCCACUGUCUCCAAGCGGGUUAAAGUUAGCGUUGAUUUCCCUCCAAUGCUGUGGAUUCCUCACCAAUUGGUUGGAGCGCCGCUAGCCUACAAUGUUACCCUUGAAUGUUUCACCGAGGCUCAUCCGACAUCCCUCAACUAUUGGACUAGAGACGACGGCCACAUGAUACAUGAAAGCUCCAAAUAUCAUAUGGAGAACACUGUUGGUCAGCCUGCAUAUAAAACCCAUAUGAGACUGCUCAUCAGGCACAUCACGAGUGAAGACUACGGCACUUACAAAUGCGUGGCGAAAAAUCCACGAGGGGAGUCUGAUGGAACGAUCCGAUUGUAUACCUCGUCGCCUCCGACGACCACCCCGGACCCCCGUGCCGUGACCGUGCCGCCUCCGUCCCGGCCGCCGCGGCGCGACACUCCUCUCUCUGACAAAGGAACAAAAUACCAAUCGAAUCUGAACGAGAUUGAUAAGGAGAAACAAAAGACGGACGAGGGUGGCGGGAAAACGCAUCUCAACUGGGUUGGUGCUCCACAAGUCACAGAUAAUGCUGAUUGGAGGAGAAGCCAUUUCAUUAUUUUGCUUUUAACAAUAAUACCCUUAUAUGUUUAAGAUAUCAGAUUUACAUACAAAUUCACACUGUCCAUUUUAUAUGUCUAAGAAAGCUUAGAGCUUAUACCAUGGUAGCGCUAAUGUAAACCAAAAGAUAAUUUAAUUUCACAAAAAAGUUGCUUAUUUCAAUUGAAGAAAGUCUAUCGGCAAAUCAUACAUACACCUAAGUAUAGUUGACUCCAUAAAUGCGAUGUUUUUAGAUCUUGUCUCUACUUAACUUCAGCUGACAUACCAACACGUAAUGUUAUUGCCAUCGACUGUACUAAUAAAGCCUCUUAGCCACUAGGACACGUGUCGCAAUACAAAUGGAGCAAUUUAUUGUACGGACAUCUAUGUCAAAUUGUGUCGACAUUCAUUCCCCAGUUACGGGGCAGGGAGGCAAUAACUUCCAUCGGUGGAUGUUUUUUUCAUACUUGCUGAGGGUCACACGAGGCUAAGAAACGAUCAGUGUGAAAAUGUUUCUAUCCGUUUUUGUCAGCUUAGCCAUUUAGGUGUUCUAUUUCUGAUACAGACAGAUUCGUUCCACCAUUUUCUUUUUUUAAAUAUUUGCCAAAAUGAAUCAGGACUUUUGUAAGUCUUCUUCAAUGGUUAUUCCCAUGACGCUCUUUUAAUAUUUUUAUUUGUAGAUAGGUAGGCUAUUAACAACUUAAGGUAGACACAAUUUAUUAUAUGUUGUGAAUGCAAAGAUAAGUCGUUAGUUUCAUGUAAUGAAUUUAAUAGAUCCGAUGAUUGUCUUGGAAAACAGGUAAAUUAUUAUAAAUUAUAAUAUAGUAGACAUCAUCGUUAUCAUUCUUAUACAAUAGUUGAUAGAGUUCAGUUUCAAUCUUACUAUAUUAAUAUGUAUAAACGUUGUUGUUAAUUAUAAUAUACACUAUACAAAAUUAUUAUAUUGAACAACAGUUCCUCGAGUAAGUAAAUUUUAUGGUAUAGCAGAUUUUUAAUCAAAUCUUACUUAAGAGAUAUUAUUAUUAUUCGUUGAAUGAUAUAAUUUAUUUAAAUUGCCAUUUAAGAAAUCUGCUAAGCCAUGAAUUAUAUUAUAGCAAAGUCACUGCACACGUAUAAAAUAUUAUAAAGUGCACUAAAUAUCAUAACAGUUAUUUUGUAUAUAGAGUAAGACUGAGUGAAGUAUAUACAAUCGUGUCUUUAGGGAGCAGUAUAUAAUGAUUGGUUUAUAUAAUAUUAUUAGUAUGUGCUUGUGUAAACCUCAUAUUCGCUGUGAUACGUCAUUCACUUUCCAAAUCAUGUAAUUUUUGGUUGAAGUGUGUUUUUGAGUUAAUUUCCUGAAAUCUAUUGAUAUAUUUCUUAAAAUGACGUCAAAAUUUUCCAUUUAAUAUUUAUUUAGAAAAGAAAAUUAUUUAAACGAUUCCUACAUUUUCCUAUCCCAAGGUUAUAAUUUUGAAACCCAAUUUAUUCUGUCAAUUAUAGUUUUAAAAUAAUGUCGUAUGUAAAUGUUACCGUUAAAAAUGUUGCCAAAUUGCUAAAUAUAAGAUAAAUGCUACAUAGAUAGUUACAUUGUAAAUAUAACCCUAAGCCAAAGCAAUGGAGUGCGUUUAAAGAGUGUAUUGUAUUGACUGUUUAACCGCAAGGUUAUGGCAUGAAUGAAUGUAACCAUACUACGUAAAUACACGUAACUACUAAAAGUGACUAGGUUAUAAACUAAAUAAAGCUUGUUUUAAA